CCUUGUGGUGGACUCCUUACAUCUGACUUUAUACCCGUUUUUAGUUCUACCCCGUUAGCGAAGAGGGACACAGAACUGCACACUUCUUGUGGGAUAAUAUAAUAGUUAAAUCUUCACAAUGUCGACGUCGUUUGAUAAAUGCAAGACGCGGCCGCCGCACAUGGACGCUAUUUUAAAUGGACUCGACAGAUAUAACCCCGAGACAACGACUGUUUUCCAAGAUUACAUUGUACAGCAGUGCGAGGACAGGACGUUUGACUGCUAUGCCAAUCUAGCGUUAUUGAAACUUUACCAAUUUAACCCACACCUCCUCAACAUCGAAACCACAACCAAUAUCCUAGUCAAGGCCCUCACGGUCUUCCCCUCCCCCGCCUUCUCUCUCUCCCUCGCCCUCCUCCCAGCAUACACUCAGCCGUUCAGCUCUUCUGCCCCCGCCCAAGGCCCAUCCUCCACCCUCCCCAUCCAAACAGCAGAUUUCGUCGAGUCAGUCCAGAAACUCGCUCGUCUCUCUACACUGCUUGAAUCAGCCCAAUAUUCCCUCUUCUGGUCCACCCUAAACUCAGAUGAUCUCUACGCGGACCUAACUGCCGAUGUUGCGGGUUUCGAAGAGCUGAUUCGUGUACGUAUCGCGGUAGAAGUUGGAAAAGCCUUCCGUGAAAUUAGUGCGGAGAUGUUGAUGGAUUGGCUAGAUGUUAAGGGGUUGGAUACUUUGGAGAAAUUCGCUGUAGAUGUAUGUGGGUGGGAAGUUGAUAAGAGCGGUGCCUCAGGGCCCGGUGAUGCGAAGAACGUUAUUGUUAGGGUCCCGAGGAAUAAGGAGAACGAGGCUCGAGGAGAGGUUAAGGGUGAGAAGGUCGGGAUUGAGAUGUUUGGAAGAGUUAUUAGGAGGGGCUUUGAGCAGCCCGCUUGA